AUGGUGGAGAAUACAGAUUCAACGCAUGGUGACGCUGUGAAUCCAGGUCCCGAAGGGGAGGCAGUGGAGGUGGUGGAUGAUCUGCACAGCUAUAUAUCGAUCAAGGACUAUGCGUAUGAUGAAUCCAAUGCGCUGCAUUAUGGGUAUCUGGAGGAAGAAGUGCCGGGGGAAGCUGUACAAGAACAUGACAACUAUGCGGGGAGCGAUGCCGAGGAUGGAGAAGACAUAGAUGGAAAUCAUACAGACAAGAGAGCUAGUGUGGUGAUGCCUCAGGACUACGUUGUUAAUCAGAAAGCAGUUGCAUUGUAUGAUUUUGAGCCCGAGAAUGACAACGAGCUGGGACUAAAAGAAGGCGAUGUAAUAUUUAUAAGCUAUAGACACUGCCAAGGGUGGUUAGUGGCGCAGAACGAUACACAGACAAAAACGGGACUUGUACCGGAAGAGUUCGUUUCAUAUCUAGACUCUGAGGAAAGUGACUCUGUGCGACCUUUCUAUUUGACAGAGAUGCUAACUCAUGGCUUACAGGCAGAACCGGAACAGGAUGCCAAAGCUGGUAAAAAAGAUGACGAUGAGGACGAAUGGGAGGAUAUAGAUCAGCUUGAAUCUGAUAUGGAUAGCAAGCUUAACAUAUCUGUAAGUUAA